AUGGAGGCGACGGCCGUGAGCUUGGCGAGGUCCGUUCUAGACGGCGUCUUAAGCAGCGCCGGUUCUGCCAUCGCCGAUGAGGUUGCGCGCCUCAUCGGGGUCCCCAAGGAGGUAGACUUCAUCCGCAACGAGAUGGAGAUGAUGCAGUCCUUCCUCAAGGUGGCGUCAGCCCAUCCUGAGGCCACGGUGCGCAACUACAUCGCGAAGACUUGGGUGAAGCAGGUGCGCGACCUCGCGUACGACGUCGAGGACUGCCUCCUCGACUUCGCGCUGUACGCGGACAGGACGUCGUCCUCGUGGGUCGGCUCCUGGCUCCCCGGCGCUAUCGCCGAGCGCCGCCGCAUUGCCGAGCGGAUCCGGGGCAUCAAGGCCAGCGUCGAGGCGCUAAACCAGCGCCACCAGAGGUAUCUGCAGAUCGCCGUCGGCCCCGCCGCUGGCGUACCGGAAGCUCAGUCGUCGUCGUCGUCCGCGCUGCACGAACACGACGAGCACUCGGCGGAGCUGGCGUUCCAGGUGUCGGACAUCAUCGGCCGGGACACCGAGAUUAAGGCGGUCACCAAGCUGCUCUCAGUCAGCAACGGCGCGCUGCGCGUCGUGUCGGUGUGGGGGAUGGGCGGCAUGGGGAAGUCGUCGCUGGUGCGCAUGGUGCACAACGACCCGGACGUCCUCGCCGAGUUCGACUGCCGCGCGUGGAUCACGGUGCCGCACCCGCUGGACAACCCCGACAUGUUCAACCGGCGGCUCAAGAAGGAGCUCGCCGUGCCACACGGCCACAGGAUCGAGGAUCACCUGCGGGAUAAGCGAUACCUGGUUAUCGUGGACGACCUACUUAGCCAGGACGAGUGGGAAAAUAUAUGGCAGGCUUUUCGAUUCCGCAACAAAAAGGACAGCCGUAUCAUCGUGACGACGCGGCGGGAGGACGUCGCCCGGCACUGCCACUGCGCUGGAGCGGGAGAUGUGGCGGAGGGAAACAAUGAGCUUACCUACGAGCUCAAGCCACUGGAUAGUAAGGAGUCUAAGAGACUCCUCUACCAGAAGGUCUACAAGACGACUAAUUAUGAUUUGCCAUCGGAUAUGGAGGAACAAGCCAGCCAUAUAUUAAGGAGAUGUCGUGGGCUUCCACUUGCCAUAUCUACCAUCGGAGGUCUCCUAGCGAAUAGGCCGAAAACAAGCAUAGAGUGGAGAAACCUGCACGAACAUCUUGGGGCAGAGUUGGAGUCUGACCUCCGCAAUAUCACCAAGGUGAUCGUCUCAAGUUAUGAUGGCUUGCCGUAUCACCUGAAAUCCAUCUUCUUGUACCUCAGUAUCUUCCCUGAGAACCAUGAGAUCAGACGCACCCGCUUGCUCAGGCGGUGGAUGGCAGAAGGCUACAUAGCAAAGAACCGUGACAUGCCUGCAGAGGUUGUAGGAGAGCGUUUCUACAAUGAGCUCAUUAACAGAAGCAUGAUUCAAGGUUCCAAGGCCAUCUCUGGUGUUAGAGCUGAUCGCUGCCGGGUUCACAGCAUGGUGCUCAAGAUCAUCUUGUCCAAGUUCAUCGAGGAGAACCAACUAUUACUCAUCGAGAAGCACUCCAAUGAGAUUCCACAAAGUAAGAUACGCCACCUGGUGGUAUCGAGAUGGAAAGGGAGGGAUGAGGAGCUGCAAAGAAUUAACUUGUCAUAUGUCCGAUCGUUGACAAUCUUUGGGGAUUACCCUGCAUCUCUCGUCUCUCCAAAACUGCGGCUGUUGCGAGUGCUUGACCUGGAGGACACGAUCAAUCUGAAGAAUGAUGACCUCAAGCAUAUAGGGGAGCUACGACACCUGAGAUAUCUGUGCCUACGAGGAACGGAUGUUUCUAAGCUUCCGUCUUCCUUGCAGAACCUUCGAUAUCUGGAGACAUUAGACAUUCAAGACACACAGGUGACACAACUCCCCAGGGGCAUUGCCAAACUUGAGAAGCUCUGUUAUCUUCUAGCUGGAGUCGACUUUUCAAAAGAUUUGCUGCAAAAGAUGGAAUCAGGGAAGGACAAACAUAAAGUCGGCCUUUUAUCCUGUCUAUGCUGCAACCAAGGUGAGUGCUGCAAGGUUUUCAAUGCAAGUGUAAGAGCUCCCGAAGGAAUCGAGAAGUUACAGAACCUGCACAUGUUGGGGGUGGUCAAUGUUGGCAAUGGAAAUGGUGUGGCAGGGAGGCUCAAGAAGCUGACGAACUUGACAAAUUUGAAAAGGUUAGGGGUCGAAGGGCUUACUGAGAAACAAGGGCACUAUCUGUGUCAAUCGAUAGGUGAACUCAGGCGAUUGCAACGGCUUGAAGUGCGCUCUGAUUCACUUACAUUUCUCACUCAAAUGGGUGAACUGCAAGUACCAGCACAUCUUGUUUCCCUGAGGCUGUGUGGGAAUCUGAGUAGUCUACCUAAUUGGAUCGGUUUACUCAAUGAUCUAGCUAAGGUGAAGCUGCUGGGGACACAACUGAAGCACAAAGACAUUGAGCGCCUUCAGAACCUGCGCAACCUGACUUUGCUAGGCCUAUGGGAGAACUCCUACAUAGGUGACUCCUUGCAUUUCUGUACUGGUACAUUUCCAAAGCUCAAGUUCCUUGACAUUGAUGGGCUAGAGAAAAUAGAGAAAGUGUCAAUCGACAAAGGCGCCAUGCCUGAGCUUAAGAAACUUUGGAUUAACAAGUGCCCAUCACUACAGGAUAAUAGUUCUGGCUUGUCUGGAGUGCCAGACCUGUGGAACCUGAAUGAGCUUCUUCUUAAGAAAUGUGGCGAGAAAGAGAACCUGACGAAGAUACUGCAAAGGCAGAUCAGUGAUCACCAUAAACGCCCCAGGUUCCUCAUUGGCAAGUCAAUUGUGCCUACUAGCCCAUCCACAUACUGA